AUAUACGCCUAUAUCGACGACAUUAUUAUUACUAAUAAAGAUAUAGAGGAGCACCUUAAGUAUAUUAAGACAGUUCUCAAUAUCUUAGACAAAGUAUACGUUUAUAUUUCUAUAGAAAAAUCCUUUAUAGUCUACCUAUUAGUGAAACUCCUUGGUUAUAUAGUCAAUAGCACAGGAGUAGCUAAGAUAGACAAUAGGAUCGUUAUAUUUAAGAAUCUUAAGUUCUUUAAUACCCUAGAAGCCUUAGAGCAGUACCUAGGUAUAGCUAGAUAG